GUGCAAGUAACCCUGACGUGACCCUGUGAUGAAGGAAGUUGAAGGAAGCACUGAUCCUUCGAUUUCAAAAUGAAAGUUUUUGUUUGGUAUAUGUAGAAAGUUGGCCAACUGAAAGCAAGACAAGGAAAAAAAUCCAGAAAGUUGCAGCAGUCCUACAAGGUGCCAAGCCUUUGUGAUCAUCCAAAGAUGGAGAAAAAAGAAUAUUUGUAUAAAAUUCUAGUCAUUGGAGAUAAUGCUGUUGGAAAAAGCAGUAUUGUGAGAAGAUAUGUCCAUAACUUUUUCACUGAUCGAUAUAAAGCAACUAUUGGAGUAGAUUUUGCCAUGAAGGUGUUGAAUUGGGGCGAAAAUACAAUUGUUCGGCUACAGUUAUGGGACAUUGCUGGCCAGGAGAUGACAAGACAACUAAAUAGAGUGUUUUAUAACGAAGCAUCUGGGUGCAUAACAGUUUAUGAUGUAACAAGGCCAUCAACCUUCAAAGCUGUGGCAGAUUGGAAGAACGAAAUAGAUGAAAAGGUGCAGCUACCAAAUGGACAACCAAUACCUUGCAUUUUAUUUGCUAAUAAGUGUGAUGUAAUAGACGGUGGCGAUGAUACAAUUGAUACACCUCCGCAAAUCGCAAAAGAAGUCAUGGAUGAAUAUAGCGAAAAGUUUGGCUUUGCUGAUUGGUUUCUAACUUCAGCAAAAGAAAACAUAAAUUUAGAAAUUGGAAUUAGGAAAUUAGUCAGCAAGAUUUUAGAAAAUCACAGCCGUUUAGAUGUAGAAAAACCCAUAAAACGGGCCGAGAAUAACGUUCAGCUAAAAGGAGCACCAAACACGAAAGGAAAUAAAACAAACAAGGAAGGUUGCUGUUAGCUUGUGUGUAGAUAUCGUCCAUUUUAUCAUUGCAAUCAGCGGUGAAGUAUAUAAGAAAUCGAAGUUGGCAUGGCUUCCUCUUUCAGCAUAUUUGUUUCGUCUUCAUGUCUCGUAAUUUGGAAUGCAUAGAUUUAAAGCCUUUUGUAAUUAGCUCAUUGUAUUUGGAUAAUUGUAUUGAACUUGUAUUUUUUUAUAUUGCGAUUAACAGAGUUAUACUUAGAUGUAUGUUGUGUUGUCAUUAACAUUUCCACACCAAAUUUAACUUUGUUGUGGUUUUUUCGCAAAAAAUAGUUUUCUUGUUGAAGAACUUAACCCCCUACCAUCGACUUAUCUGGCCAUGCAAUUGCAUUACCAGUGUUUUCUAUAUGGGUUGCGAAAAUGAGUGUUUGUUUUAAACGGGCCUGCUGCACUGCUCUUCGACAUUAUCAAGGCAUUUUUAUUUUGGCUUUUGAUAAGCUUUAUUUUUGGGCAAUGGUUGAACGGGAAAGAAAGAGGAGUAAUAAACUGCUUUCGAAUCUUCCUUGUUAAAUCAUGAAACCCCUCCAUCCUUUUGGGUUACGACACUGAGAUCACUGAUUCUUUUUAAAAUUCUUGUUCUCUCGUUAUGUUCUCUCAAAUCUUAUUUUUCGGAACAGUUUCUUCACCCGUCCUUGCUUGUCGUUUGCUUUGCAUUUAUCAAUGAACUCCUGCACAACGGUUUGAGACCCCUUGCCCUGGCCUAGCUAUAGGAAAUGCCCUCUCCCAGACCUGGUCUAUGGGCAAAUAUGUUAUUUGGAUAACUUCUAUGAAAUGAGAAAGCGAGCGAAUACUCAGUUAACUUUGAUUUUCUCAUUUUGACAAUUGUACCAGGCCUACCCCCGCUGAUGAAUUGUUCAUACAGCUAAAAGUAUUUUAUUUUUUUAUUCUAAGAUAACCAUUUUCAUUAUUUUAAUGACUCCUCAGUCUUUUCAUUUAAAGAAACUAUGUUUAAUAUCUAGAUCCCUCCUGGUAUGCUUUAUUGUUUCUGAGCAACUACAUAAAUAGGCCCCUAGAUGUUGCUAUUUCAUUAAAUUCUUUUCGCAGUUUAAUGUGAUCGAGACGCCUCUAAUUUAUAGCACAUGAAUUAUUUUAAGUAUUUGAAAAUAAUUAUAGGGAAAGCAAUUUUUCAUAAGUUUGCUUUGUUAUCAAAUAUAUGAUACUUCUCUUUGAGAUCCCUUCUUAUUCAUUCGUUUAUGCAAGUACACAAAAUUUUCAUCAUGAAAUUCCUUGAGCAGCACACAA